GUCAGAGGGGAAGGAAACCGUUUUUGAACAGGGUGGGAUUUGUACUGCAAUAUUGAAGAAUGGAAUUGUGAGCUCUGUCUGUUCAAUGCUAUCAUCUUUCUGAACUAAGGCUAUGUGCUCCUAGUGGAUUGUAUUUUAUCGGAAACGGGUUGCCUUUGUCGCCGUAAUUGUGACUAGUUAUGCAGUCAAUAAAGAUGGGUUUAUAGCUUAAUAUACAAACGUUUGUGCCGUGUUUGACUCAAUAAUACAAUGAAGUUUGCCUCCAUGGAUUUUCCAACAACACAUCUGAACAGUCUGAAAUCCAUAGAUUCUGAUAGCCUUCCAACAUGUUUUGCACCUCUACCACUACAACAGAGUGUAGAGCAGCUGGCAUGUCACUCAGAACUCGACAUCUCAGUAACUCCCGAAAAGUGUGGAAUGUCAUGUGGAAUCUUGAAAAGAAGUGAACAUGACAGUGGAAUAAGAAAAGCUAGCCACCGACAGGUACGUUUUGACUUCAGCAGGGAUUCGGAUGUGACAAGGAACAGAUCUCCUAAUGUGCCAUGUGUUAGACUGGAGAAAGAUAUUGACCCUGUUAUUGUUACAGUGAUGCCCCAGCAGAAAUCGGAUGUGGGCAUUCAUACAUACCAGUCACUGGAUUUUGGUGGCAGUAGUGGCAACAUAAGCAGAGGUGAUGCCAGUGGCAAAGCUUUAAAGGGCAAGUCACUUAAAAAUGUUAAACUGAACAAAGCAAACAAGUGCUUGCCAAAGGCAACAGCUAAAGCAUCUUUGGAGAAUUUAACAGUUGACCAGUGUGCCCUGAAAAUAUCAGAACAGUGCACAUUAGGAAUACCUGAGGUAAAUACCACUUUGGCAUUAAGCCAGGAACUACAGGAAGUUGAAGAAGCAGAUUUUGAUGCUAGGAAAGCAGUGGAAGAGCAGCUGCAGAAAUCUUUUUUGACACGACAAAUAGUGGAAGCCAGAAUUAAUGAAGGACUGAACAUGCCCCGUGAUCAAUCACUUUUUCAAGGUCUGGUAACUCUGGAAGUCCCUGUGGACCAAGUUCUGAACAUGGCAGCAUCAGAGAAGUGUCCAUUUGUAAACCCUAAAACGGAUACAGAAAAGGAUAGCAUUGCAGAAGGUCCAGACAUCAUGAUGUUUUACAAACCAUCAGAGCUGCUGUAUGAAGACCCAGUUCUCACUGUUGAGGGACUUCCACCACUGAAACUGCAGCCACAUGUCAAGCCUUUGAGAUCUGUGUUUGACUUGUACCGAAAGCUCAAACAGUGGGAGUCUUAGUUUUAGUACGAAAGCUUUUGAUGGUGGUACAUCCUAGUUACUGCUAACUGUGCACUUGAUGAGAAGGACACCUCUUCAGCAUACCUUGCCUGCAUUAAAAUGGACUUAAAAUUAAAUGUUUAGAUAGCAUAAACAUAACUAAAUCUUAAUAUUUUUGUAUCUUU